CGACUUUUCAUUUGAAAGCUCCGAGUUGUGUUGGUGUGCGCAUGCGCGGUGCUCGGUCCAAACAUGACGGCUGUAGUUCAGUGAGCUUCUUACGUCAAUAUUAUGCCAAUGGACGCAUAUGCUUUAACUUUUUAGCAACAAAAACAAAACAAAACGCUAAAAUAAAAGCACAAUGUCUCGCCACAGGAAUGUUCGAGGGUAUAAUUACGAUGAAGAUUUUGAGGACGAUGACAUUUAUGGACAAUCUGUGGACGAUGACUUUUGCAUCUCACCUGCUACGGCUGCUCAGUUCAUUUACUCGCGUCAGGACUCGCGGCAGACGCGGCAGGUAGAACCGCUGGAGGAGGAAGAACAUGAGGAGGAGGAGGAGGAGAUGCCGACCUCACCCUCCGUCACGCAGACGCUGGACCCACUGACUCAAGAUCAGCUGUACUCGUGUUUAGAUCAGAUGAGGACAGUACUGGGAGACUCUGUUCCUGACUCCACACUAAGAGAAGCGGCUCUGAAGUACGACUGCGAUCCUCAACGAGCUCUCGACUCCAUUUUGUCUGCCGAAAGUAGCAGCAAGCAGACAGCAGCGUCUAAACCCCACCCUCCACCACAGAAAGGAGCCUUAUCCCUUUCCACACCACACAACGCUGAUAGGGUCACACGUGUAACCUCAAAACGCACACAGCCUCAGCCCGGGUCAGGGCUUUCGUACAGCCUUAGCGACCUUUUAGUCCGGACCGAGCCAGACGACGCUAAGGGCUGCGAUCGGGUUUCUUGUUUUGCGAAAGACAAUUUAACUUCAAAUACUUGUGUAGCUGCAGGAGCGAGCUCUCUGGCUCAACUUAUGGCUGAGCAUGAGCACAAGCAUGCAAGUCCAGCUCAGGGUCCAAAUAUCUCCAUCAGUCUUGGUCUGGGACCUGGUAUUUCCCUCUCUAGUGGUCUCGGCGUUCCUCCUGGUCUGAGCAGUCUCACCUCUGUGAGCCCUGCAUCCAGCCUCCUGUCUUGCUCUCUGAGUAGUCUGUCUCUACAAGACCCUAAGGUGGCCGGAUCAUUGCCUGUUCCACUAGGGAGUCUGAGUAACGUCUGGCAGGCUAGUAAGGCAGUGGACGUGGGUGGGGUCAGCAAAAGUCCUGGGGUCGGAGGUCAAGGCGGAAGCCCCUCGUUGGCCGAACUGAUUCAGGAGCAUAAGAGCAACAGCCCCGAUCUUUUCAGUUCACUUCCAGGUCUGCAAAACUUCUCUGGGCUUACGACGAAUCCACUGUGUAACACGAACACUACUAAAUCUCAGCACAGCAGCACCGGUCUCAACAAUCUGCCUUUUCCGACACUGACUGCUAACCCUCCUCUUCCUCUUCCUCCUGGGUUCACCGUGACACCGUCUUUGUCAGAUCUCAUUUCUCAACACCCAGCUCCAACGCCAAAGCUCCAGAGCCACGUGCCUACAACGCCUCUUAAAGAACACAAAGCGGUGCGAGCUAAGCAGUCCUCUCGGAUCCGUAAACCAGAACACGUCGAUUUAAGCACGCUCAUGGCGCAGACUUCGCCCGAGCCUUCUGCUCCUCGUAGCGUCAGCCACUCUCCCGCUUCACCUUGCUCCAACCGGACAGCAGCAGGGGUUUUCGCCGAGCCGUCCGUAUUCGCGCUCACCAUGUGCGUGCAGGUGAGGAAGAGGAGAAGCCAGCGCAGCAGGGUCAGGCAUCCCGCUUUCCCCUACAACAAACCGAUGAUGAGAGUGAAAGAAGGAGUGCAGGUUUCACCCCUCCAUCACAUCACACCGUUCUCUUUCAACACGCCGUCUCCCGACGACAUAGUCAAAGCCAACCAGAAGAAGGCGUUUACGAGAGAGUAGAGCGUCCGUCUGCAUCUUUUUUAAUUUCAACCUGAAACAAGCUGCCAUAGUAAAGUUCGCUUUGUCGGAUUGAUCCCCGACGGGGAGUUUAAACGUUUUAAAUCACACUCUGGACUGUUUUUUUUUUUUUAUCGAGUAAACAACCUCAACAACGAACCAGGUGCAUUCAUUCUCAGAGCAGCUUUUUUUCUUUCUUUAUUUUUUUACAUCCGUAUUGUUAUAGGUUUUUAAACUUGGUUUUGUUUCCGGGAUGCAAUUUCUUUCAUAGUGUUGUUUUUUUUUUUAUAGACAAAAUAUUUUUCUAGUGGUCUUUUUUAAAUAUCUGUUCAUUAUCAUCACAGAGUCAUCUGACAAGUGGAAAAAAUGUGAAAAGGAAAAACAAAAAACACAACCACCAACAAACACACACACACACACACACACACACACACACACACACACACACACACACACACACACACACACAC